UUGUGUAGUAAGGGUUUUCGCUGUAAAGAACUAACAGGAAAAAGUAAGAAGACGAUUUAAAAGAUGCAGAGUGUUAUUACAUAUGGAUAGUGACAGCUUGAAGUACGCCAUCAAAAGCAUUUUUGCUUCCAUUUAACACGGUUUUUGAGAUGCGGAUGUGAAUCUUAAAUAAUUGACAUAAUGAUGCCAGUUAUAGAGUUUCUGCAACUACCACAGGAAAUGCUUUUGCAAAUACUGAUGUAUCUUUCUCCAGCUGAAAAGGCAGCUGUUCGGGCUACAUGCACUUAUUUACGGACAUUGGUGGACCAUCCAUCUUUAUGGAAAAACAGUACCAUUAUCCUUAAAAGCAUAGGAACUUUCAAUGCUAAAUGUUGGGACACUCUUCAAACCCGAAAAAUCGCCUCUGCUGAGGUUAACAGGGUGACUCUAAAACAGUUCAAGAAGAUGGCCUCUUCAUUACCAGACCUUGUCAAUGUCAGAAUGGACUCGUGUUUGAAAGAGGAGGUUUUACAAGGACUUCGGCCACUUGUAAACCUUGAGCAGUUACAUUUGACAGACUGUUCAAACUUGUCAGAUCAGAGUAUAUUUUCUGAAAUCGUUCUGUUUCGCCAGCUUACACAUUUGACCUUAUGCAGAGUGACUUUCUCUGUCCUACCUCUAACGAGCAUUGUUUUACUUCAGAAUCUGUAUUCCUUGACUCUUCAUUCUAAAGAAGGCUUUGUUCCUGAAAGGGCUCUACAGUACAUUUUAUUUCGUUUACCAAAACUUCGCGAGCUCUCUCUUGCUAUUGGAAAUAUGAAUAAGUGGAAACUGUCAUUGUGCUUCAAUAUGCCAGAUAGCUUUGUAUAUGCAGCUGAAGAACAACCCUGUAUUCCCAGGCUGCAGCUUGAAAAAUUAGAGUUGUUGAAUUCUGGCUGUGCAGGGCUUUCAGCAAAUGCUUUUGAUCAGCUCUCUACUCUCCAGAGCGUUUGUCUGCGCCAUCAUAAAUACCUGCAAAAUGAAGACUUGAUCGAAAUGAUGCUCUUAAAGCUGUCUAAUCUUACAGAACUGAAAAUUGAAUGGGCUGCACCGUUUAAGCCAAUAAUGGAACCUAUAAUAUCUAAGCUAGAGAAGUUGAGCCUUGUGGGGACUGUGAUUACCAAUGAUACACUCACGUGGCUUUCUGAAAGCGCCAACAAACUGAGGAGUUUGAACUUGAGUUUUUCUUCUGGAUAUGGUGAAUAUAUGCUCAAACAGCUGCCCUGUUUAUUUCCUGAACUGCAGAAACUCUACCUCAGUAAUACUAGACUGACAGAAGAAACACUGAUUGUUUUGGCCAGUCUCAACUCAUUGCAACUUCUUGACAUUUCCAAUAACCAUGGCCUGACUCCAGAAGCUAUCCUCGCAUUUAGAAAUAUAACAAAUAACCGUGUUAGUUUAAUCUUUGAGAAACCGAUGGGAAGUUGGUAUUACUGCUGCUAUUAACACAGGCGAUUAAAUAAUGGAUUGUAUCACCAAUGUUUCAACGGAGUCUACGGAAUCUUGGAUAUUUAUUUAUAAAGAUUCAAAAUGGGUUUUAUUUAUUUUGUAAACGUAUUGAAAUGGCGAGGAAAAAAAAAAUAAAGUGCUGAAUGUAUUCUAGUUUUUAAUCUGCAAGAAAUGUGAAUUUAUUUUUAUAAAGAACUUUUAUACAUAGAGACUGUCGUAUAGGGGACAAUGGUGCAACAUAUUUUAAUUGGCUAGAAAAAGUGUGUAAUCUUGACUUUUAAAAUUAUAUGUUUAACUUAAUUAUCGAACUUUAGUGAAAACUGUUGAUUGAAUCAUUUAAUGUUUUUUGCAGAGUGCUCAGUGGCAAAAUAGAGCAAAUUUAGUGAAUCACCAAGUAAAUCUUGCACAUUCAUACUGUUAUCAUGGAAACAUUGUUACCAUAGCAAAAUAAAUUGUAAUCACACUGGUUAUCAGGUCCCUUUUUGAUAUUAUUAAAAAAAUAUGAAUACGUUUUAA